AGAGUCCACCGCCUUUGAAAUGAUUCCUCAAAUCACGAGCACUAGCACUAGCAAUACCAGUCGCGCCCGAUCCAAACCCGUAACCGCCCCCCGUUUGUUCCUUCCCCCCUCCAGCUAUAAAUUGCUUCGUCUUCUUCACUUCCUCCACCACCCAACAAAUCAGUCUAUAGUACUAUAAUCUCAUCACUUAAAACCCACUCUUACAUUCUGAUCCUCAAACUAAUACUCUUUUAAUUGCUACUGCUUUUCUGCAUUUGUUGUUGCCUUCUCUCAUAAUGGAAACGAAGAUAGGUUCGUUGGACUCUUGUAAGCCAGCCACCUGUAAUGACGUCGGUAGCCUCCCCUCCAAUGGUGUCGUCUCCACUAUCCAGUCAUCCGUCGUGGCGUUUAACUCUGCUGAGGCCACGCUCGGCCGCCAUCUGGCCCGCCGCCUCGUUCAGAUCGGCGUCAGUGACGUCUUCUCUGUUCCCGGCGACUUCAACUUGACGCUGCUUGAUCAUCUCAUAGCCGAGCCUAGCCUCAACUUGAUCGGCUGUUGCAACGAGCUCAACGCCGGCUAUGCGGCCGACGGCUAUGCCAGGGCUCGAGGAGUUGGCGCAUGCGUCGUGACUUUUACUGUCGGAGGUUUGAGUGUUCUCAAUGCGAUCGCCGGCGCCUACAGUGAGAAUCUUCCGGUGAUAUGUAUUGUUGGAGGACCGAACUCGAAUGACUAUGGUACUAACCGGGUCCUACAUCACACUAUCGGAUUACCGGAUUUCAGCCAGGAGCUACGUUGCUUCCAGACUGUUACUUGCUUUCAGGCGGUGGUGAAUAAUUUGGAGGAUGCACAUGAGUUGAUAGAUACGGCGAUAUCCACUGCGUUAAAGGAGAGUAAGCCAGUUUACAUAAGCGUCAGCUGCAACUUGCCAGCAAUUCCACACCCGACUUUUAGUCGUGAGCCUGUACCGUUUUCUCUCUCCCCGAAGUUGAGUAACAAAAUGGGCCUGGAAGCUGCAGUUGAAGCGGCAGCUGAGUUCUUGAACAAGGCCGUGAAGCCAGUGAUGGUAGGAGGACCAAAACUGCGUGUUGCAAAAGCAUGCAAUGCCUUUGUUCAAUUGGCCGAUGCUUGUGGCUAUGCCCUUGCAGUUAUGCCGUCAGCUAAAGGGCUAGUUCCAGAGCACCACUCCCAUUUCAUUGGUACCUACUGGGGGGCUGUGAGUACUGCCUUCUGCGCUGAAAUUGUGGAAUCAGCUGAUGCUUAUCUGUUCGCCGGACCAAUAUUUAACGACUACAGUUCUGUCGGGUACUCUCUGCUUCUCAAGAAAGAGAAGGCAAUUAUUGUGCAGCCUGAUCGUGUGAUCAUUGGUAAUGGACCGGCAUUUGGAUGUGUCCUAAUGAAGGAUUUCUUAAUUGCUCUUGGAAAAAGGCUCAAGCCUAAUGCAACUGCUUAUGAGAACUACCACAGGAUUUAUGUGCCUGACGGGCAUCCUCUGAAAAGUGAGCCCAAGGAGGCAUUGAGAGUAAAUGUUUUGUUUCAGCAUAUUCAGAAGAUGUUGUCUGCGGAGACAGCUGUCAUUGCUGAGACAGGAGAUUCAUGGUUUAACUGCCAGAAACUGAAAUUACCCCAAGGAUGCGGGUAUGAAUUCCAGAUGCAAUAUGGAUCCAUUGGUUGGUCAGUAGGUGCAACUUUAGGUUAUGGGCAGGCUGUACCAAAUAAACGAGUGAUUGCUUGCAUUGGUGAUGGUAGCUUUCAGGUGACGGCUCAGGAUGUGUCAACAAUGCUUCGAUGUGGUCAGAAGAGUAUCAUCUUCCUGAUAAACAAUGGCGGUUACACUAUCGAGGUGGAGAUCCAUGAUGGGCCUUAUAAUGUGAUUAAGAACUGGAAUUACACUGCCUUAGUUGACGCAAUCCAUAAUGGUGAAGGCAACUGCUGGACCACAAAGGUCCGAUGCGAAGAAGAGCUUAUUGAAGCAAUUGAGACUGCCACUGGAGCCAAGAAAGAAUGUCUGUGUUUCAUUGAAGUCAUUGUUCACAAGGAUGAUACAAGCAAAGAACUUCUUGAAUGGGGUUCCAGGGUCUCUGCAGCUAACAGCCGCCCGCCAAACCCUCAGUAGAUAUGCUCAAGCUGCAGAGUGCAGAAAGUGUAUCAAAUCAUCUGAUGCUGCUGUUCUAUUUUGUGCAUUGUUAUUAGUUCCCAGUAUUCGAACUCCUUUAGCUGUGUUAUCACUUGAGUAUUGUUAAGAAAUAUUGAUCAUAUUGGAAAAAUCCUGUUACCAGCCGCUCUGAAUGGUUGACUUCCUUUUCUCGA